GUAUGCGAGUGCAAAGGGGGUAGCCUCGAAGGGGGGCAAGGGAGCGACCAAGGACUUGAAGCCACCCGACCUGUGGAUCCACCAUGAUCAGAUGGAACUCAAGGCCAUGGACAAGAGCAGCAACCCAGAGGCAGCCAUGACAGCCACUCCCAUAUCGCGAAACUCCCAGGAGAUCUCCGAGGAGCACAUUGGCACAUUCGACAAGAAGAAUUCGGGUGGUGGCUACAUGGCCAUGGGUCCAGCUGCUGUUUCCAAUGGCAGCAUGAAUGCCGGUUUAGAGGGCAGCUCCAUUAACAUGGGCCGUCCCAUCUAUCCAAGGACCCAGUACAACAUACCUCGGGCACACGUCACCAUCGAUGCAAUGCAUUCAGGUCACGAAGGUCCAAGCCCCCAGAAGUCGGGCCUCAUGGGCUGCGGGAACCCCACCUACGAGCCUGUCUUGAACCCAAACAUGAGCCACCCUAGUAGCUCGGCUUUGGGGACAGGCCAGAUGCCAGCCUACAGCAACGCCCUGAUGGGAACCGGGGGCGGGCCGCUGCUUUCGCUAAGCUCGGCUCCUCCCCUCGGCCCACCCCCCUCGGGGCCGCCACCCCAACCGCCGAGACGACAGGAACACUGA